AUGCUGCACAAGGAGACGAAGGGAGUUUCGCAAGAGGAGGUGGUGAGUGCGAACCCGGCGGACCUGCGUACAGUGGCUAAAGCGUUGUUUGCCUGUGCGAGACAGCACCUAUCUAAGUCAUUUAUUGAGGUGGAACUGCGGUUGUGCCACUUCACCGAGGAGGAGGGAAGCGCUCCUUGGGGAAAUGCUGGUGUAGAGGAAGGCACAGAGUCCAAUGGGUUGCGGAUAGUCGAUGCAAAAUUUGCGGCGUCCGUUGCCGCGGAGGAUUACGAACGAAUUAAGACAUAUUUAAUGAAUAAGAUGAGAGAAAGUCCUCCGACGCGGUCCGUGACGCGCGACGUGGCUGUGCAUGGCUGGCGCCAUACAUAUGCCAUAGACGAGGAUGGUAACCCCACCCAAUGCGUGUCAUGUGUGCGGAAGAAGCGUUUACUCAUCAAAAACAUUGUAGUACCAUUGGGUGCGUAUAAUCUUCGCUUUGCCGUCUCCACAGAGACUCCAGGGCGUUUGCCUCCCGCCGACGCCGUUCCUCACGUUGGUCACACGCGUCUAAAGGAUCGGUUGAGCAUCACAGAUGGAUUGUUCCGUUACGACUUGACGCGGGUGAUAGAGAACAGGGUACAGGCGUACGAGGUGGAGAUUGAGGGGGAGUUUUCGUCCUGUAAGACUCAGUUGACAGAGUCGUGGCUAGAGGAACUCCUUCGAAGGGCCGUUGCGCUUACAACCCUCGCAACGAGGGCAGAAGUGAAGCCGCAGUAG